GGAAAAAGAUCGAGACGUAUAGUAAAUAGGACACAUUGUACCUGGCCUCGAUAGAUCUUGCACAUGGCAUUGUCAAUAAUAAAGAGUCAGGAAUAAUAUUCGCGUGAUAACAUAUAGAUGUCAAACGUGUCGAUACUUCGAUACUCUCGCUUGGAGUUACGUUUCACGCGUCUCGAUUGUUCACAAUACAGAAGACUCCGAGCAUCGAUGACAACGUAAAAUUGCCAGUUUAAAAAUAAAAUCUCUCUUUCUCUCCGAACAUGACUGUCAUCGGGACGCAGAUUGACAGCGACAGAAGAUUGCUGGAUUUUCGAAAUUACGAGGAAUAUUUAGACUCGCUGGUGACGCCUGUAGAUAUCUAUUACCUCAGAAGCAGUAAAAUCGCGCGUCAAUUAGCCGAGCUCGGUUAUCGCUGCACUGGCGAGACUUUGAGCGAAAAAUGCUUUUAUCGUCGCUUACAAAUCGUGAAAAAUCUAUUGUUUCCUGUUCACCGGCCUUACGAACUCACAUCGGAAUUUGUGUCGUCCGUCGGUAGGUUGAUGGAGGAGCUCGCCCUGCGCGAACGAGCCAACAGAUUAAGGAUUCUGUCAACCAUCAUAUUCGUUCGUUGUUCCGUAACAAAAUUCGAGGAAUCAGCUUACAUUGAUUUUGAAGACCGGCUCAAAUUGGAAGAUUGGCUGCCGUAUUAUCGAGGAGAAAAAAAAUUGUCGCCUCUUAAGCGAGAUCUCGCGUACUAUCAUUGGAGAUCGGGGAAAACGUGUUUGAAUGAAACCCGUAAUUAUGUGCCGAUCGUAGAUCCCAGACGUGGCCUAUUGUUUAAAAAUAUUCACGAUAGACGAAUGAUCACGGUUGAUCCAGCUGCUGCGUCACCCGGUGUACAAACGACACGAGUUCGAAUACCUUGUCCGCAUUACGAGCAUGUAAUAUUGUACGAUCACGUGAUCAGAAGCAAAAUUAUACAAGAAAAUUAGAACGUCAAUAUGUUACUACGUUGACUAGAUUUUUAAAUAUAAAAUUAAUCUGCGCAUGUAUUUCCUCAUUCAAGGACAUACAGCAACAAACGAAGAACAUUUUAAUAAACAUAAAAGUUAAAAUUAUAAUCUUAGUAAUUUAUAAAAAAGAUCAUUUAUUCAUAUCUCGUCAUUCCUUAGCUGAAGUCAGACUUGUAAUGUAAGCUGGUCAAUAUUGACGGACUAAAUUAUUUUUACUCCAAGAAUUAUCGACGUACGGUUAUAAAUAUAAAAUUCAUCGUUCAUCGCAAGAACGGGAUAUUUUGAAGACAAUUAAGCACAUAUUUAAACUUAUUAAAUAUAGGAAUGUUAUAUCAAAAAUGAGAUUACAUUAUACGUUUUCAUU